UGGCUCAAGGGUCAAGUUUGAGACGCUAGAGUAUUGCUGCCUGCAGCUGUUGCGCCCCUCGCUACCUCUCGCAGCUCACUCCUCGUACGCACGCAAUGGCAGUGUUCAGCAUGAUGGUCUCCCUUCCCGUUUUGCCGAUGCUCGUGAUCGCUCUCGUGCUCACGACUUGUGCCGCCAUCGAGGACAUUUGGUUCUUCGGCAUCGAGCCCUACACCAUCGUAGUGCCGGUAGGCUUGUCCGUCCAGAUCGGCAAGGAGUUGAUGCUGGACGAGAUCAACAAGAAGGCCGACCUUUUGCCUGGCUACAGGCUCCGGAUGGCACAUCAAGACGGACAGUGCAGUGCCGACCGCGUCUCCAACAUGUUCCUGGGGAACCUCUUCAAGGAUACAUACGAAGUGUUCGCGCCCGGGCUGGACCCACUCACUCUCAACAGAGACGGGGUCGGCGCGGUCUCGUAUGACGACUCGAGCAUCUUCAACGAGGUGUGGACCUCUGCAAACAUGUCUGGCGGGCCCGUUGGCCUCAUCGGAGGCGGGCGUUCAGGGGGAACCAUGGCCAUCAACAAUGUCGCUAACAUGGCCAACGUUCCCAUCGUGUCGGCGCUGUCCAGCAAUCCAGGGCUCUCCGACCGCAGCAAGUAUCCGAAUUUCUGGAGGACUGUCAUGCCGGACGCCCAGUUUGCUGGAGCAUGGAUGGCUACAACGAAGGUCUUGGGCUUUUCAAACAUGACCGUGGUCAUCGGCGAGACGUCAGUGUGGACCCCCCACGCUGCAUCCGUGCUGAGGCAGUCAGAAGCCCACGGAAUGGCCCUAAAGGGCGUGGACCUCAGCGAGGAGUUCGAGUGGCAGGGCGAGCCCCUGGAGGGCUUCGCAGGGUAGCAGGUGUCUAUCAACUCUGUUAGUGCUGCAUUCGAGGCCGCGAAAGGCAUCCGGCAACAGAACCGCCGGAUUGUGCUGACCAUGAUGUAUGACGAUCGGCUGAGGAUGCUGUUCUGUGAGUGCCACAAGCUCGGUUUGGACAAUUUCAUUUUUUAAUGGGUCCCGGCUGGCUCGGCGACGGGUUCUGGCGUACGGCCGACGACACAGAGUGCUCGAUUGAGCAGGUGACGCACCAGGCGAAGGGUUGGAUCGUGGCCGAUGCACGGUUCUGGCGUUCUGACAUGGACACCAGGCUGACCUGCUCGGACGACAUGACCGCCGCGGACUUCCAGGCCAAGUGGUUGGAGAGCCAGCGCAUCAACCUUACGACCUUUGGCGGCAUCACGAAGGAGGGCAUCUUGCCAACCCACUAUGGGGCAGUGGCUGCGGACGCCGUCUGCAUGUUCGCGCUCAUGCUGCACACCGUUCUGUUCGAGGCGGGCCAUUCCCUGGAGGACCUGAGGCAGCGCAAAACGGCGGUGCAUAACGAGAUCCAGGAGAUCUUCAACAGCACCGAUUUCGAGGGGAACAGUGGCCGCAUCCGCUUCGAGCCGAACAGCCCGGAUCUUGCCAGCUCCAUCGUAGUCCAGCAUUUCCAGUCCUUCAGGGAGGACUACGUCGAUAUCGGGGAGUACAACAUCGCGGACGGAGUGCUCACCUUCCUCGGAGCUUCCGACUUUGAGUUCAAGAUGCCUGGAGAGAUCUAUGCUGCUGGGCCUGCGGGUGCUACCAGCCUUGCUGGUCAGCCAGUGGCCUUCGAUACUUGUCCUCACGGAAUGAUUCUGAACUAUGCGUCAAACGUCUGCGUGCACUGUGGUGACUCAGAGGUGUUCGUUGAUGCACUCUGCGGCUGUACUUGUAAGGCUGGCUUCGUCUCAUCGACGGAGGGCUGCGUCCCUUGUGAGGCGGGCACGUACGUCGACGUUGUCGGGCAGAACGCCUGCAUUGACUGCGAGACCGGUAGGUUCAGCGACGAGGCCGGUGCCACUGCGUGCGAGCUGUGCCCGCGGGGCUCUUUCGCAAACUCCACAGGAAGGGCCAGCUGUACCGACU